AUGUCUAAUAAGCGUAAGUCCGUUCCCACAGACUACUCCUCUUCCAAGAGGAGGUCUACUUCCAGUCCUCCACCAUCUGGUUUAUCCAAACCAUCGUCUCUUGAUAAGAUGGCCCAGCUGCAAGCGUCCAAACAGUCUCGCCCGGUUACUUCAUGUACUUUCUGUCGCCAGCACAAGAUCAAGUGUAAUGCUUCUGAAAACUACCCUAACCCAUGUACUCGUUGUAGCAAGAUGGGGUUGAAGUGUGAGAUUGAUCCUCAGUUCAAGCCUAAGAAGGGCUCUCAGAUCCAGAUGUUGAUUGGCGACGUUGAGGAGUUGAAGUCUAAGAUUGAAAUGCUUUCUAAGAAUGAACAUUUGUUGACCCAGGCCUUGAAUCAGCAUAAUCACUUUAUGCUGCACAGUCUGACUUCUCCAACCUAUCCAAGCUCUGCCAGGCCUCCACUUCUGGCUAGAACUCUUCUGGGACACAACACUCCAAACUCAGCUAUUGAUCAAUUUGCUGGCGGACACUUCACUCCCCCUGCGCCACCUUCUGGUCCCAGCCUGGUUCCUGCUACCCAUACUGGUUUCCAUCAACCAUCAAACUCUAUAAACGAUGCUACAGGUUCAGGCCAAGCUAUUACUAACUUAUCACUGGUCCUUCAGGCUAACUCGACAGACAACUCGCCUGCUACUUUUGCCAGCGACACUCAGGGCAACUACACACAGUCGCCAGAGGACCAUCAAGCCACUCAAACAGAAACCUACUCGGAGUUUAUCUUGGGAGAUGUAAGACUCUCCUUGGAGAAAGCUGAUGAGCUUCAUGACCGUUUCAUGACGAAAUUCCUUCCUUUCCUUCCUAUUCUCACUUCGUCGUCGGCCACUGAGCUCUACUCCAAGUCCCAGUUGUUAUUCUGGACUGUGAUGCUUACAGCGCUGCUCUCUGAGCCUGAGCCAGGUUUGUACAUGUCGUUGGCUACACUUAUUAAGCAGUUGGCUAUUGAAACUUGUUGGAUAAGAACUCCCCGUUCGACUCACGUUGUUCAAGCACUUAUUAUCCUUGCUGUUUGGCCACUUCCAAACGAAAAGGUCUUGGAUGAUGCUUCCUACCGUUUUGUCGGCUUGGCCAAGAACUUGUCUUUGCAGUUGGGUCUCCAUAGAGGCGGUGAGUUCAUCCUGGAAUUCAGUCGUACCCAAGUAAACUUGGGUCCUAACUCCGAUGUCUGGAGAACCAGAUCAUGGUUGGCCGUUUUUUUCUGUGACCAGUUCUGGUCGUCAGCUCUUGGCUUGCCUCCUUCGAUCAACACCACAGAUUACUUGCUUGAGAACGCAAGAGUCGAUCAAUCUUUGCCGGCAAAUUUUAGGUGCUUGAUUUCUUUAUCCAUCUUCCAAUGCAAGCUCGUGAACGUUAUGGGUAUUUCCGUUACUAGAUCUGACGGUUUGCUUGAGCCUUCUAAUCGUGCUGCUUCCCUCAACAUUCUUGACAGAGAACUUGAAAGACUCAAGUUCAAACUUAACAUUAUGGAGGGUUCAGCUAUUGAGAUGUACUAUUUAUAUUUGCGCCUAAUGAUUUGUUGUUUCGCCUUCCUUCCAGGUACCCCAAUUGAGGACCAAGUCAAGUACGUCAGCACAGCAUACUUGUCUGCCACCAGGAUUAUCACCAUUGCGUCUCAGCUUGUGAGCGUGAACUACAUUUCCCUUAUCGAACUUCCUAUCUAUGUGAGGCAAGCUAUCACAUACUCUGCUUUUAUCCUCUUCAAGUUGCACUUGUCGAGAUAUCUCAUAGAGAAGUACGUUGAUAGCGCCCGUCAGUCUAUCGUUACAGUCCACAGAUUAUUCAGAAACACCUUGUCGUCUUGGAAAGAUCUUCAGAAUGAUCUUUCAAGAACGGCAAAGGUUUUGGAAAAUUUGAACAUUGUUCUUUACACUUAUCCAGAGAUUUUCUACGAUGACGAAAGCACCAGCACAGAAGGCAGUAUUAUCAGCAGGAUGCGUUCACACUUGACGGCAUCUCUUUUCUACGAUUUGGUGUGGUCAAUCCAUGAAGCUAGAAGAAGAACACUCCAGAACAAAGAAAAUGGUGACAGCGACGAGCCCAAAAUUAAGAUUAAAGAGGAAGAAGGCGCCAAGAAGCCAUUGGCACUUCCAUUUUACAACCAGAUUACUAAAGAUGAUUUUAAAGCAAUGACCACCACCACACCGAACGGAACCACUAUUACUACAUUGGUUCCCACAGACCAGGCGCUUAAUCAAGCAAAGCUCGAGAGUGACAAUGGCUCGAAAAAGCCAAUGGAAAUCAACGGUAUCCCACUUGCUAUGCUCGAAGCUACAGGCAGUACCAAGGAUGUGGAUAGCAUCCGCUUUUCUGGCUUUGACCAGGACAAGUCCAUGAGACAUGAUGUGAGCAGUGAGCCAGUCGAAAGGGUUGGUUUUACAGCCGACUUGACUCAUGGAACCGAUUUCCUGCUUGAAUCGCAAAACCAACACCAGCAACAGCAUCAAUCCCUGGCCAUUCUGCUGGAUCCCACACAGCAACAAAUCGAGCUGCAAGAAGUUAUUUCGCAACAGAACACUCCCGCGUAUGAUGGGUCCCUCAAUUCAGGAGACGUUAGAGUCUCUGGAGCCGGCUACCCAUAUAACAAUGGCAUGGGAUCUGCAGGAAUGGCAGAUCAGCUCGAUAACUUUUUCCAGCAGCAAUCACACGGGUGGCUUAAUAAUAACCACCAGGACGACGAUUUCCUUGGUUGGAUUGAUGUGAAUAUGCUUCCCGAAAAAUAA